AUGUCGGAUCCAGCGGGCGCUGACGCCGCAUUUACUGUAACGGUUGAACAUGACUGUACACCAAGAGCCAAGAAGAGUCAUACUAGUGGAUAUUUUCUUUGCUGGGACACGGUUGCGCUGAACCCUCUCGACCAUCGUUUCGGGGACUCUGAUGACAGUGAAGAGCCAGAAAAUGGUGACUUUGCAUCUCUGAGGUACCUUCCAACUCGCCUGGUAUAUCAGUUGAACCCUCAAGCCCAAGCCAAUUGCACUGGCAAACUCCACCAUCUCGCCGAGUGCCAGGCAGCCGAGUCACUACCCCUCAACCUGGAGAAAACUGUUAAGCACCUCACCAUGGGGCAGGACCGCAACACUCUUCACCACCUCAACUCCCUGCACCUGCACCUGCACCUGCAUUUAAUAUACGGAGAGUUACUCAAGGAACGGCAGUCCCUCCUCAACUCCCUCCACCCCCACACCAGCCCUCAACGUGCAGCGAACAGAGGAGCUUUGUGCUGUGAGGAAAAACAUGGUGACACGGUUUCAACCGGCGGUGGAUCGGGCAACGAGGAGAUGUGUUCCGCCUCCAUCCACACAAAUGGAGAAAUAGGAGAAAUAAGCAUUAAACAAUCUUUUUAUUGAACUUCUUGUCAUUCACCAGUUAUUCAUUUUCUGAUAUUUUAGCUGUGCAUAGCGCAGUAUUUCAUUGAAGUUGUAGCCUAUUAGAUAAAAUAUUUCAUGUCUGCACUGACCUAGGCCUAUAAAGCACUAAAUUAGGUUUUGACCACAAAAUGAAUGUAAAGUAGCCUAGGCAAUGUAGGCUACUUAACAAAAAC